GGCGGCUGUCGCGGCAGCUCGAGCAGGAUCUCAGACGCGGUAUCGCGGCGGCGGCAGCGGCGCAGCUCCUCCGGGUCCCCUCCCUCCUCCGCUCCCCUUUCCUCCCUCCCCCCCCCCGCCGUGGUUCCCGAGGAGUCCGAGACUUGCGGCGAGGCGGCGACAAGCUCUGGGGUCAACUCACUAUCCAGAAAGUCCAUCCUCCCCAGAAGGGACAGAAAGGAAGACCUCUUUGUAAGAAAGGCUUGGGUAUCCCAUGAACCAGACAGCAGAAAACCGAUUGGGGUGCAGCAGGACUCCAGAGCCAGAUAUAAGGCUCAGAAAAGGGCACCAGCUGGAUGGUACAAGGAGAGGUGAUAAUGACAGCCACCAAGGAAAUUUGGAACCUGUUUUAGAGGCAUCUGUUCUUUCUUCCCAUCAUAAAAAAUUUAGGGCAACCAGUGUUGCUACAUUGAGAAAACCACAAAGAUAUUUGAUAUUCUUCUUCCAGGUAUGGGAAGGUCGGUGGCGAGUAAUCCCUCAUGAUGUACUACCAGACUGGCUCAAGGAUAACGAUUUCCUUUUACAUGGACAUCGGCCCCCAAUGCCUUCUUUCCGGGCCUGUUUUAAGAGCAUUUUCAGAAUACACACAGAGACGGGUAACAUCUGGACACAUCUUUUAGGUUGUGUAUUCUUCCUGUGCCUGGGGAUCUUUUAUAUGUUUCGCCCAAACAUCUCCUUUGUGGCCCCUCUUCAAGAGAAGGUGGUCUUUGGAUUAUUUUUCUUGGGGGCCAUUCUCUGCCUUUCUUUUUCAUGGCUCUUCCACACGGUCUACUGCCACUCAGAAGGGGUCUCCCGGCUGUUCUCUAAACUGGAUUAUUCUGGCAUUGCUCUUCUGAUUAUGGGAAGUUUUGUUCCAUGGCUUUAUUAUUCUUUCUACUGUAAUCCACAACCUUGCUUUAUCUACUUAAUUGUCAUCUGUGUGCUGGGCAUUGCGGCCAUUAUAGUUUCCCAGUGGGACAUGUUUGCUACCCCUCAGUAUCGAGGAGUAAGAGCAGUCCCCCCUUCCCUCCAGUUUCACUCUCAUCAGCUGUUUCACAUCUUUGUGGUUGCUGGCGCUUUUGUUCACUUCCACGGCGUCUCAAACCUCCAGGAGUUCCGUUUCAUGAUUGGCGGAGGCUGCAGUGAAGAGGAUGCACUGUGACACCUUCCAGAAGCCGGGGACUGUGACCCUGAACAGGGCCUGCAGCGUCUGCAGGCCUCCCUUACUGGCCAUUGAUGCCAGUGCCAGAGGAGCCUCAAAACUUGGACAGCCGCGUGGGCUUUGUGAUGCCCCUGGGGCUCCACCUGGUACACGACUGAGAAGAGAAAAACAAAAAUAAAUCAUACCUCAAAGGAUGGAGUGCAUCAAUUUGGAGAAAAGGAGAAUUGGCCCAAACCCUGACUUAUAAUUGGGAUCUACUGAUUGAGGGCUCUGCACGACCUUGGCAAACUGGCUUCUGAUCCGUGUCACAUUUUUUUGUAGAAGAUGGGAACACAGUUUAGCUGGUGGUUCAUUCUUCUCCCUUUCUCUCUCAAAUCAGUAAUACAAACCAAUUUAGGUGAACAUUUAUAUCCUAUUAAAGGGUGGGAAUGUGAUUUUAGAUGUUCUUUUGGGAGAACAAAGAAAUUAAUGUAAAUAAGAUUUCUAACUUACUGUUUAAAAUAAGAAUUUAUAUAAAUGUUUAAAACAUAGGGGUAUGGGAGGGAGGGGAAUUUUGUAUAGAAUGAAACAUGCAAGUACCACACACUGUUUCAAUUUUGCACAAAGUGACUGUAGGAGGAUCAGGUGAUGGCCCCAGAAUGUAUAAUGCCUUGGUGCACCAAGGUGCCUUCUAAAGGCUGGCAUACCUUGGACCCUGUGGGGCAGAAAGUACAGCUCCAGCCCAGUGAUCACAUGACCACUGUCAUGUCUGAGAGCCUUUGGGAGUCCCAAGGUAGAGGGAAGCUGUAUGUGUUUUCUCAGUGGAAGCAGCACGUGAAUAGCUGACAGGAUGUGUUAGAUAAAGGCUCUAGUUAAGGUAUCACUUGAGAGACUGGUUUUCUGUGCUGAGAGUGACCCCUUCUAAAGAGUAGAGCCAUUUACUUGGGAAAGUCAAUUAUGCCAGCAAAGGGGUAGUGGAGACAGUGGGGGGAGCUAGCCCAGAGGCUGAUCUGAUUACUUCCUGGCAUCCUAUUCAAUUUUGUGGUGAUUUUUAUCUGCAGGGAUAUGACAGUUUUCCAUAUCUUUGCUGUGGAGCUCUGGAACACCCCAGAAAUUUCCUUCUGUUAAAGGCACUGCCCUAACUACCCUUCCCCCUCUUGGGAACACAAAUGGACUUUUCCCUGGCAUCAUGGUUCCUGGCAUGGAGCCAGCCCCAAAAGAGACUCCGACUUGCCCAGGUGCCUCCUGAGCUCAUUUACAUAGGUUGGGAGAAUGCUUCCUUUGGAUCAGAAAAGGUGAAUUUCACCUCUGGCACCACUGUCUUAGCCUAGUCGUGACACACAUAUCAGCUGUCCUUGAACAAGAAAACCAGUAGAACUCUUGUAAAGCAAGGUCUAGUACCCACCUUGGAGUCAUCAGUAUUCCCUGAACCCCAAUUUUUGGGGAUAGCGUUGUGGGAAGUUGUGAAAGAAAAUGGUAUGUUAUUGCCAGGGAGUCUGGUACAGCUGUAUCUUUAAAGAGCUGCUAGAAGUAGAAAAAAGGUUGCUCAUGCCCCAGAGGUACCCUGUUAUGGUGUCAGGGAGAGUGGUAGGGGAAGGAUCUGGUUCAUAGAAUUCUAAUCUUGGCUCACAGACCACCAAAAUAGCACUUGAGUAUUAGGUUACUUGCUGUCACCCAAGACUUCAGGUGAUUGAGUUACAUCUUGGGGAUUGUGGGUUUUAGAACUAAACAUUGAAGCCCUAAGCACAGGGGCUGGCACCCUCCAAUAGGUGUUUGGUGUAUGGGAAGGGUCUCCUAUCCAGGAGAGCAUUUUCUUGAUUAUUAAUCUCCUUUCUCUCCCCUUCCAAUCUCCAGCAAAAGCUGGGAACCAGGAAGAAGGACUCCAUUGUAGAACUGGGGAAGAACUUAAAAGUAUUUUGGUUCUGGGUAAGGUCACUGCCUUGGGUGCCGGGGGACCCAGCAAAAGACUUGAGUGGGUGAACUGGUGCAGUGCCUGACAAUAAAGAACAGUAUUACUCCCUUUGAGGGAAUAGUCCAGCAGGGCAGUGGCCAUCUGGAAGGAAGGACACUUAGUCUCAUGGAAGCAACAGCACAUAUCAGAAGCCAGACUUGCUCUUUGGUCAUGCACUUUGGGAUACAGGGUAUAAGAUGCAGCCCUGUGACAACACCAACAGAAGUAGUAGUUUCUGGGCCCAGUCACCCCACACCCCAAAGGAGGAGCUGAAUCUGGUUCAGCAUAGCACAAACUGUUAGGAAAAAUGAAAUUAACAUCAGUGAUGUGUAAUCCAGUAAAAAUCUCCCUCUUUAGGGUGUGUGUGCGCGAGUGCGUGUGUGUGCCCCCAUUUAUAUGUGUGUGUCUAUAUGCAGCUCACUACCAACAGCCUCACUGUGCACUUGGUCUUCACAGUGCUCGCUGAGAACUCUCACCAGGUUGGCGCCUGAAUGCCUUACUCUCAGCAUCAGAGGCUUGCUUGCUCUGUGCAGAUUCUUAAUUUUCUUUGUUGGCCCAAGGCUGGUUAGGACCUCUCCAGCUUCAUUCUUUCACCAUUAAAUAGUGGCCUUUUUCAGUAUUUUCCCCCUUCCCCUUUAUAAAUUGCUGAAGCCACAAAGCACAUUUUGGGGAUCAUAGAAGGUUGGGGUUCCAGAAAGGCCUCUGUGUGAUGGUUCCAUUCACCGUGGGAUUUCCCUUACUUGCUGUAUUCUCAACUUCUAAUAAAAAGAACCAAAUGGAAUAUCAACA